AUGGCGAAAAUGAACGAGCUAGUGAUAGCAGGGAUGAAUUUCACGUGCGUGCUGGCGGCCGUGGCGGAGUAUCAGAUGCCCGAGAAGGAAUGCCUCCUCAAUCUGCUGGCCAAGGCGCUGGGGUACGGCAUCAUUCUUGGAUCCACGAUUCUGAAGCUCCCGCAGAUUCUCGUGAUCAUCCGCAGCAACAGCAUCGAGGGCCUGAGUGUACCGUCGUUUGAAAUCGAGUGUAUUGGCUACACUGUCUCUGUGGGGUACUGCCUCUUUAAGAAGGUCCCCUUUACUGCAUAUGGCGAGCUGUUCUUUCUCCUCCUACAGUCGCUCAUCCUCAUGUUCCUAAUCUACUCGCAUCUGCCCAACCAGGCAGCCACCACAUGGAUCAAAGUGGGCAUUGCUGUUUUGAGACCUACUCCGCCAUGCUACCAGUGCUCUUCUUUUCUCAGGGGCGAGGAGUGCACAGCACACCCCGACACCACCUCUCUUCCCCCUUUCGUCCCUCCCAUUGACACCCUCCCCCCACCCCGCCCUCUUCUCCCCACCAGCUACUCCGCCAUGGUACCAGUGCUCUUCUCAGGGGCGAUGAGCGCACACCUGUACGAGACCAUCUAUGUAAGUAGGCCUUCUUUUGAGUCGACUUAA